GCGGUCAGGUGGCGCCCAACAUGGCUCCGCCGUGCCCCGGCACCUUGCGCGGCCGCUGAGCGCAGUCGGGGCGGCGGCGGGGCCAUCAUGCAGAAGAUCAAGUCGCUGAUGACCCGCCAGGGUCUAAGGAGUCCUCAGGAGAGUGUUAAUGACCUCAGUCCUAUUGAAAGCUUCCGGAUUCCUACUAAGGAGGAGCUCAGAGAACUACAUGAAGAACCAACUGAUCCUCAGGCACAACAGGAAAUAAUUAACAGCAUUGAAGAAGUUUAUUUUUCCAAUGACUCCUUUGAUAUUGUGAAGUAUGAGUUAGAGAGGCUUCCUCCAGUACUCAGUCUUCAAGAACUGGAAGAGUACAGAGACAAACUAAAACAACAGCAAGCUGCUGUAUCUAAGAAAGUUGCAGAUUUAAUCCUUGAGAAACAGCCUGCAUAUGUUGAGGAACUUGAACGUGUUACGUCACUGCAGAGUGGCCUUCAGUUAGCAGCGGUUAUUUGCACAAAUGGAAGAAGACACCUGAAUAUAGCAAAGGAGGGCUUCACACAAACUAGUUUGGGACUCCUUGCAAAUCAGAGGAAACGACAGUUGCUUAUUGGAUUGCUAAAGUCUUUGAGAACAAUAAAAACACUGCAAAGAACUGAUGUCCGUUUGAGUGAGAUGUUGGAGGAAGAGGAUUAUCCAGGAGCUAUUCAGCUGUGCUUGGAAUGCCAGAAAGCUGCCAGCACUUUCAAACACUACAGUUGUAUAAGUGAGUUAAAUUCAAAACUGCAGGACACCUUGGAACAAAUAGAGGAACAAUUGGACGUAGCACUUUCCAAAAUAUGCAAGAAUUUUGAUAUCAAUCAUUACACAAAGGUUCAGCAGGCUUACAGGUUGCUUGGAAAAACACAGACAGCAAUGGACCAGUUACAUAUGCACUUCACCCAAGCCAUUCACAACACCGUGUUUCAAGUAGUCCUUGGGUAUGUGGAGCUGUGUGCAGGAAACACAGACACCAAGUUUCAGAAGUUACAGUACAAAGAUCUCUGCACACAUAUUACAUCAGACAGCUACAUUCCAUGCCUUGCUGACCUCUGCAAAGCCCUCUGGGAAGUCAUGCUCAGUUACUACCGAACCAUGCAGUGGCAUGAGAACCAUGACCAAGAUGAGGCAGCAGUUGUGUCUUCUGUUUCAGAUGGCAACAAUGUGAUUGGAACUGAAGAGAACAGUUUUGACCGCAACUAUGUAAAAAAGAAAUUGGAGCACGGGCUUUCACGAAUAUGGCAGGAUGUUCAAUUGAAAGUGAAAACUUAUCUUCUGGGAACAGAUCUGUCUAACUUCAAAUACGAUGACUUCAUAUUUGUACUUGAUGUUAUCAGCAGGCUGAUGCAGGUUGGAGAAGAAUUUUGUGGCAGCAAGUCUGAAGUUUUGCAAGAGUCUAUCAGAAAACAAAGCGUUAACUAUUUCAAAACUUACCACAGAACCCGUCUUGAAGAACUAAGAAUGUUUUUGGAGAAUGAGACCUGGGAACUUUGUCCUGUUAAAUCAAGCUUUAGUAUUUUGCAGCUUCAUGAAUUUAAGUUCAUGGAGCAGUCGCGUUCCCCAUCCGUGUCACCGAGUAAGCAGCCUGCCUCAGCAGUUUCGUCGACGGUAACGCUGUUUGAGCAGUACUGUAACGGAGGAAACCCCUUUGAAAUUCAGGCUGACAGCAAAGAUGAUGAGACAGAAGAUGUGUUAGCUUCCAAUGGGUAUGAAUCAGAUGAACAAGAAAAAAGUGCCUAUCAAGAGUAUGAUAGUGACAGUGAUGUUCCUGAAGAGUUGAAAAGAGAUUAUGUGGAUGAGCAGACAGGAGAUGCCCCGAUAAAAAGUGUUUCUCGAGAAACUCUGAGGAGCAGAAAGAGAUCAGAUUAUAACCUCAAUAAAGUGAAUGCACCUAUUCUAACCAACACUACACUGAAUGUAAUAAGGCUUGUUGGGAAAUACAUGCAGAUGAUGAAUAUUCUGAAACCUAUUGCGUUUGAUGUGAUCCACUUCAUGUCCCAGCUCUUUGAUUACUAUCUGUAUGCAGUCUACACAUUUUUUGGACGAAAUGACAUGUUUGAAUCAACAGGACUGGGCCUCAGUAGCAGCAGAUUGCGCACUACACUGAACAGAAUCCAGGAGAGUUUGAUUGAUCUGGAGGUGUCUGCUGAUCCUUCAGGAACUCUCACAGCUGCUGAAGAGAGAAAAGAGAAGGUGCCAAGCCCACAUCUUAGUCAUCUUGUAGUUCUGACAUCCGGCAAUUCGCUGUAUGGUUUGGCAGAGAGAGUGGUGGCCACAGAAUCCUUGGUAUUUCUGGCUGAACAGUUUGAAUUUCUUCAGCCUCAUCUUGAUGCUGUGAUGCCAGCUGCCAAGAAGCCUUUUCUUCAGCAGUUCUAUUCUCAGACAGUGUCAACUGCCAGUGAACUACGUAAACCAGUUUAUUGGAUUGUUGCUGCUAAAGCCAUUGAUUAUGAACAAAUGCUUCUUCUCAUGGCUAAUGUGAAAUGGGAUGUGAAGGAAAUCAUGUCACAGCACAACGUAUAUGUAGAUGCUCUUUUAAAGGAAUUUGAAGAAUUUAACAGGAGGUUGAAUGAUGUGUCUAAGAGAGUCCGUAUUCCAUUGCCAGUCUCCAACAUCCUGUGGGAGCACUGCAUACGCUUGGCCAAUAGAACUCUUGUGGAAGGUUAUGCCAAUGUAAAGAAGUGCAGCAAUGAAGGACGUGCCUUGAUGCAACUGGAUUUUCAACAGUUCUUAAUGAAACUAGAAAAGUUAACAGACAUUAGGCCUAUUCCAGAUAAAGAAUUUGUGGAGACCUACAUUAAAGCAUACUACCUGACAGAAAAUGACAUGGAAUGCUGGAUAAAAGAACAUAGGGAAUAUUCCACUAAGCAGUUGACCAAUCUGGUGAAUAUUUGUCUGGGCACCUACAUCAACAAAAAGGCACGACAGAAGCUGUUAGCUACCAUUGAUGACAUAGACAGGCCUAAGAGAUAACUGGAGAAAGCUGCUUUCUUUCUGACUUGUACCUUUUUCUGUUUCAUGUGAAGCAUGCAGACAUUUCUCUUGUGGACUAAUGACAAUUACAGCAUUAGAAAUGUUGUGCAUGACCUUUCUCUCGCAACAUUGGAGACACUCUGAAGUGACAGUGUUCUAAAAAUACGACUUUUCUAAUCUGUAGAAUUCUUUUCUGUUGUAUUUCUUCUUCUUCUUUUUUUUUUUUUUUUUUUUUUUUUUUGGCGCUUGCCCUAAGUAAAGGGGGGCCACUGUGUAUCAUUACUGAGCUGUAUGUUUUGCAAAAGUGUAUACUGUGAAAUCAAAAUCAGAGAGAAACACAUUGGCUUAAUAUAUCAUUGAUGCUCUUUUUAAAUAAAAGGGCUACUUGACAAUAUGAUUUCUUUCCUCCCUGCUUUCACCUUCAGAAAUUGUGCUGUAUUAUAGACCAGUGUAAAAUGAAAGGAUAUGUAUAAUAAUUUGAUCGAUGCAUGUGGAUUAAGAGUGCAGAUGAACUUAGUACUCUCAUGUUAAAGCCCAUCAUCUUCAUUUGUAUUUAAAAAUGUCUGUUUAUUUCAGAAUUAAUUUAGUCAUCAAAAUUAUUGACUUCAGAUUAAUAGAAGGUAAUAAACAUUGUAUGCUAAUAUGAUUUGUUUGUGAGACGUUGUUUUUCCAGUUCAACAGUGCAAAAUGUCAGCAAUAAUGCCAGGGAAUUGGAAUAAUGUUCUUCUGACUAAAAUUUUGGAUUGAUACUAAGAUAAUCUUCCUGUUUCCCGCUCUGCUGUAGACAUCCUGAGUGAUCUUGAGCAAAGUAAAAUGGCUUGACUGCAUAUGUGCCCUAGAAAUCAAUUUGUCAGAGCAUCGCUGACUUCACUGAAAUUUUCAGGUUUGCCUUUUGGUUUUCAGUAUGUAAAGUUUCAGGAAUUUUAUUUUUUAUUGCACCAUCAACUUUUUGGACUGCUCUCAGACCAUUUUAAAGGAAACUUUGAGCUAAUAUGUAAAAUAAAUUACAUAGGCUGCAAUCCACUGGUGUGUGCAACAUGCUGAAUUCUCAGUUUGGGAUUCAUACUUGCCAUUGUAUUUUAAUUCAGUCAUGAGGGAGCCAGGAGUUAGUGAAUGUCAACAGUAAUAUAGUGACAGAAAGUUGCCCCAUGGAGUCAUCAUAAUUGUUCUUUUCCGUGGCCUAAUUUCCUCUUCAGAAGGGUACCAAGCAUCAUUGUGUGAGUUUAGAGAAAGCCUGUAUACAGAUUUAGAAUGAUAGAAUUUGCAUUUUAAAUAUUGACUGUGUGGUAUUCAGCUUCCUUGGUUAUCUGUAUUUUAAAGGAAAUAAGAUUUAAACCAAAAUUUAACACUGUUCUGUAUUGACCAUGCUGUCUUGCCUAGUUCCGUUUAAAACUUGCUUAGUGGUUUGUCACCAUGUGUGUUGAAGCUGAAUCACUUUAAUCCUCAUUAAAAAGGUAGCACAAAUGAAAGUGUAGACUUCUGACUCAGCUUAUCUGCCCUGGAGUCAAAUCCUGAGCGAGAGCUCUUGGAAGGAACAGAAACAUAUUGGGGACUAUCAGUGUGAAAUAUCUUUCAAUUUCCUUCUCUUAGACGAAAUAAGAAAUUUAAAUCUCUUUACAUGAGCUUUGGUGAGCUGAACACAAUUUAAUUUCUCCUAAAGUGCUUAGGUCACUGUAAUUUUAGUGCUUACCAAAAGGUAGAGGUAUAAACAUUGAAAUGCAAUGAGCAAUUGCAUGAAUCACAAUCAGGAGUGAUUUUUUUGUAGUGUAUCUAUUGUUUGACUUGUUAUUUUUAAGUAAGCCCCCAAAUAAAAGAAUGUGCGAGAAGCAGUUUUAAACCUAUGCAACAGCUGUAUGAUCUUCAUUCAUAAAUGCCUCAGAAAUCAUUAUAUUUCCACAAGAACCUUUCCUUGCUGCCCAGGAUUGAUGCCAAGCAGGAAGCCACAUAGCUACAUGGCCUACAUACACUCUUAGAUACAUGUUUUUAGGUUAUGAGAAAUCAGGUGUUGGACUCGUGGGUCCAUUCUAACUCAGAAUAUUCUAUAUUACCUGGCUGUGACUGACUAAUGAAGCUAAGUUUUCACUGAGUGCUGAAUUAUCUCACUAAGGAUAUGUUUGGUAGUUUCCAUGCUCUGAUAUGAGGAUUUUUUAUAAACCAUUGAUUUUUGAGCAUCUCAGUGCAUCUUUGUUCUCUGCAAUAAGCCUCUUACACUGCUUUUUCUGCAAUAGAGAAUAUAGCUUAGAUAGCCUUUAUGUUUUACAGGAGUGUUUUGCAAAACUUUAAUAAUAGAAGAAAAUCUCCUUCAGUCUCCAAGAAGACUGACCAGCAGUGCAGGAGUGGGCAUCUGUCAAACUCUGAUAUUUGUCAAACUCACCUGGAGCAUAGAUGAGCAGUUUUCAAGUCUCCAGUUAGGCGAGGCCUAUACCUACACUGAUCGGCGCACAAACUGGCUUUUCUACUGUGGGCUUCUCUCAGUUACAUCCCAUGGUGACACUGUCCUUCCAAAAAGCAGCUACUGGGACAAAAAUAGUAGGAAGCCAGCUGAUUGUUUAUGUGGCCCUGAUGUAUGAUUGAGGUCCUUGGUUUGGUAGAGGUUUAAUGAUUCUAAGCAGAAUGACAUUGAUGGGAAAGACCAUCUUGGAUCAGCUGUGCUUCAGCUGAUGGGACAGUAUUCAGAGCAGCCCCCGGAGGUGUUAAUUCAAAUGCCUCAUCUGGGUAGGCACAUGGAUGUUCCAUGAUUUCCGGCAGGUAGCUACAUUUUCAGGUAAUUGAUUGUUCUGAGUUCCAUUUUUCCCUCAUGGAUAACAGUUUUCCCAUGUGUACAGUAAAAACUUCUGAUCUUCAGCGGGAAAAACUAGACCCUGUCCAGAUCUGCUUAGCAAGCCCUAGAUGUGGGGUGUAGAUUACAGCACGUGUUUACUGAAAGAACAUUCUCCCUUCUUUGCCCUUAUCCCCUUAGGGGAUAAAAGAGGAUGAAUGAUCAAUGGCUGCCUCAAAGCUUCUAUGAAAGUUUUGCAUUCCCUCUUAAUUUUUUGCAGUUGUGAAUGAUAAAGGGAUGUCUUGUGAUAGAUACCAGAUGCAAAACUGUGGAUUUGAGUUGCUCUUCACUUGUUAUUUUGCCACAGAAUGUGCAAAACUCUAAGGACCCCCUGUUGUACUGUGAAAGGGAUCUAUUUGGGGUAUUUUCCUGUUUAGGACCUGCUAUGUUGUAAAUGACACAAAUGGAGAUUGACAAAAAAAUGCAGAUUUAUUGUAUUUUUGAUGGUAUCUACUUUAUUUUUAACCACUGCUUGAAACAGCAUAGCAUAAAGGCUAAACAUUGUACUGACAGUGGGAUUAUGGUGCAAAUAUGGAAAUAAUGCAAUUUGCAAGCGGCAAGGUUUCUGUGCUUGCUGGCUAUUUAAGGAUAUUUGUGAGUGUGUUGUUUUUGCACUGCCAGAACUGGUUUUCAUCACAACAGAGACUUGGUUUUUAAGGAUCUCCUGUUCAUCCAUGAGAUCAUGAAGUGUUAUGUGGAACAGCAUCUUUAAGUAAUACUCAGGGCUUCACAAACACAUAUUUUGGUUUUUUUAAAGUAGGCAUGAAUUAAUAGCAUACCAUAUGAUAAAAUACAUGUCUGAGAAACAAAUAAUAGCAUAAGUAACCUUGGUUUUUGUGUUGUGGAUCCAGUGCUUUAUUUUGUGGGGCAUUCAGUCCAAGAGACUUUACAUGUAUAAACUGAAUUAAAAAUGAUUGUAUGUGAACUAAA